CUAGUCCAAGAGCUGCGAUGCGAUGUGGUCCCCCAGCACGGCUCGCGCCAGUGCGGCCGUCUGUGGGUGGCGGUCCUUGAAGGCACAGAAGUCCUCACGCACCGGCUUCUCGCUCGUCUUGACCUCAACAUUCACUGCAUCAAUCACACAGAGCACAUCGGUUAGUAAACGGAUACACACACACACACCCAUGAUGGCUGCGCCAUCCCGUGCUGUGCUGACUGACGCACCCAGCAGAUUGUCCCGCUCGCUAAUGGUAGGCCAGGCGAUGAACGGGUGGGCGGCGUCGGUCAGCACUAACUCGCACUCGAAGCGUGCAGGGGCCCCGUUGCCCGAGGCGGGUGUGCGGUAGGCUGUGGUGGUCGUGCAGCCCUCCAGUGGCACGUGAGGGGGCCGUGUCAAGAUGGCGUGCAGCCGGCCGCCAUCAACGUGCCUGAUGGACCCAUCAACCCACCCAGGGAUGACAGACAGACAGACAGACAGACACACCAUAGUGCACAAACAAAGGCACACAUGAGGGGAUUUGGACCUGACUGACCUGUCGACGAGUGUGUUGGUGUGACAGAUACGAUGCGCGAUGCUGGGCCAUCGAGGGCCGAUUGCCAACUCGCUGAGGAUGGUCCUCUUGAACAACGACGACAGAGAGGAAUACGCCACAGGUGGGUCACUCACCACGUAGUUGCACUCCUGCAGCCCCCUCCAGUCUUCCCCCAUUGUGGUGUACUAGAUGGGGGUGCUGACGGGCGGGUCAUUGGGCUGUCGGUGCUGAUGGUAGUGCUGGGGGAUGGCAGGUGGGGGUGGGUCGACCGUCAGCCGAAACGGAGCCUCGUCACGAAUCACACGCACAUCUGAAGUGAAGGCACAAUCAGUCAGACAUUUCCAAUGAUCCAAACAAAGAGAAGAUGCCUUGCCUUGCCUCAGCCGCUCACCCACCUUGCGUGUCGGCACCGUUCUGGAAGACUUUGAGUCGCUCGCCGGCAACGAUGUGGUAGCCCACCAUCUUGAGCUGUGCCAACACACUCGGCUGAGCCAAAUAGGCCUGCAUGCAGUCAAUGAACGGCAUGCAUCCCACACAGUGAGUCAGCCUUCCUUACUCACUGCCUUGCUCUUGAGUCGGCGUAGGUCAGCGACGGUGACUAUGAUGGGCAGCCGAAACUCGCACUCAUAGUCACGAGGCCAAAGUGGACCGAUGAGCCGCCGCUUUCGGCACUGCCCCGCCAGCUGCAGAACCUCACGUUGAGCUCGUCAGCGAACCGCAGCACCUCCCGCACUGGCUGCCCAUCGCCGCCAACGCGACACAGGCCGGCCUUGACCAGGGAGCGGUUGAGCCGAGUGCGCAGAUGAGUCUUUUCAGGCCCUCUCUUCAAGAAUCUCUUGCCGACUCUGAUGCCCGGCGCAGAGGUGCACCAGGUCGACGAGCUCGAGAAUUUCAU